AUGGGGAAACAUGGCAUCAAAUCGUCCAGCGGUCCUUCCAAGAAGGCUAAAAAGGCCCACCAGACAAACCACAACGAGUCGAACCAACCCGGACAGACGGCUCUUAUGAGAUACGUGAUUGAGAAUCAGGCAUACGAAAAAAUGGCCCUUGGCGAACCCUCUGGAAAACCACCAAUCCAGGAAAAGUUGCAGCGUUGGGAGAAGAUUUGGCAGGCAGCAAGUGCAGGCAAGGAGUCAACAUCAGCACAAAGAUAG